UUACACCCUACCCUUUCUCUGCCUCAACGACGCCUCUUUUCGCCAGUCCUAAACAAAUCAUCGCCGCCUGCUGUGCCACCGUCUGCUAAUCGGAGGUUAGGUUGUUUAAUUUCUCGAUUUGGUUCAAGGACUUGUUGGUUUGGCCUUUCUACUUUUGUGUGACCAUGGCUUUCAAUUUGACCUGUUGUCCUAUUAUUAUUAUUUUGAUUCUGUUAUUCAUCGAUGCCACUUUCUCUAUUAUUAUUUUGAGAUCCUUAUUCGUCGUUUCUAUCUGAUGGAUUGGUCAACUGAAUGUCUCACUUUUAUGCUAGCUAAAUGCUAGUAGGUGUUGUACUGUCCUCAUACAUUGUUGUGUGGCAGAAGUUGGUACGAGAACUACUGAAGAAAAGAUGUUUUCCCUGUUAUACCAUGUAUCAUAUUGAGUACACUUCCGAAGCUGUUUGUCGGGUUAUGCUCUUAAAGGUGUCGCUUUCAAGCCACCAAACGCCCGAAGGUUGUUCAUCAUUUGAAGCAUUGUGUUUGGUAGUAACAGCCUGUGUCAAUUCUUGUUAAAUCAAGCUGAAUACAGAUCCUAAGUUCCUAACAUCAUAGAUAAAGUUUUUAUUGCAAUCAUAGACAUUAACAAUCUAUGCCUAAUCACAAUGACUAUAUCCGGCGUUUGAAAUGUUCUAUUAUCUCUAUGGCGCUUAGAAAACAUUAGUAGCAAAGCAUAGAAAGAUCAAUUGUUUCACACUCAUUCAUGAUGGAAAAAAUUACCUGAACUUCUAAGCAAGAUAAGGAAACAGGUUAAUGUGUUCUUGAAUUUUUUAUAACCAAAUAGGAUGAACAAAACCCAUUGGAGGGUAUCAAAUAUACAUCAGGUAUUACCAAAAUGCUCGUAUACAGAUGCUAAAAAGGAGUUGAAUGUCCAUAAACCACUCAAACAAUGGACGAUGACUUAAACUUUCAGCUAUUCGUAACAUGUUAUGUACAUAAGCAACAACAUUGUUUCCAAAUAAAUUCCCAUAGGUUUAUCAAAUUCUUUAAUGAAAACUAUGAGUAUUUUAGUUGCUGAAAUUAUCACAAGAAUUAUGGAAUUUACAUGUUGGAUUGGAUUCCAGGGUUAAUAACUGAAACAUGAAAACAGAUUAUCAACAAUAGAUAAUAAUAAAAGGCUCACUACAUCGAGGACGACUAGUACUAUUUCCAAAAUAUCAAUGUUAAUAAAUUCAAGUUUAGAUAUGAGAAUUAAAAGCAUAGCUCAUACAUAUUUGCUCACCUUUGGAUCUACGUGUAUCACUUCUUUCUCUCUAAAACUCUAAUAAUGCCGUGCUUUCGUGUGGGUACACAAAUGAUUUGGAGAGAUUAACGUCACGUAUACCUUGGAUCAGAGAGAAUGGGAUUAGGUUUGAUGUUUAGGGUUCAGCAGGACGAGAAUGCCCCGGUCGGCUUGCAUAGUGUUCCUGUAUUCCCUUGGAUAUAAUAUAAUUAUCAUUGGUGUUUUUGACUUAGGCCAACAAGGGCUACUGUUGGGAUUAGGGUUCUCCACUCGGGAAUACAACAUUUUAUAAAUGGUUGUGACUCCUGUUAAGCAUGGCCGCUGAGGGAGGUCCGGACGCUCUGGGACCUCGUUAUGCUCCAGCUGAUCCAACAUUGCCUGAACCUUGGAAAGGCUUGGUUGACGGGAGCACCGGUGUGCUGUAUUAUUGGAACCCUGAAACCAAUGUCACCCAAUACGAGAAACCUAAUGCUUCGCUGCCUCCACUGCCAACAGGCCCACCACCUGUGCCCUCUGCACCUAAGCUGGCUCCAAUACCUGGUGUAAGGACUGGGCAGCCGAACGGAGUUCCUGGUCAACAGGCACAUCAAAUGACACAUAACACACAGCAACCAGGGCCGCAAGUUACUCCACAAUCACAACAGCAUGCUGAACAGCAGUUGGGGCAGCAAAUGACACAGCACAUCAGGCCUCAAAUGGGACCAAACCAGCACACAUUUUCAACUGUGGAACAACAAAUGCCACCCCAGCAAGGAGUUCAAAUACCUCAAACUUACCAGGGUGGACCGUUAGGRCARCAACAGGGCUACCAAUUUACACAUCAACAGUCGCACUACAUGGGAUAUCAGCAGAACAUCCCUCAGGCAGGGCAGCCUAAUAUACCACAGCAUACWCAGCAUCCUGAACAGUUUCCUCAACAAGAGCAAAAGGCUGCAUUCUUGCAGAGAGAGGAUACUGAUUUUCAGCAAGGAAAACAGGUUGGGUUCUCUCCAUCCCAGAUCCAUCAAGGUGGGGUGCCACCUGUUCAAAGUCUGCCUCCAGAGGGUAAAUCCAGUAUUCAACCUGGACAAACCACUCCAUAUGGUGGCUCUCUGCUCAGUGUGCAACAACCUUCCUCUUUUGGUCAGUUACAGUAUAGCGGCAUCAACCACCAGCAACAUGCUCCAAGGUUCCAAAGCCAAAUGGGUCAAGCUCAGAUGCAUGGCCAGCAGCCCAAUGUUCCACCAGUAGGAUUCAAGAUGGGUUUUGAAGAAACUCAACCUGGAAGAGGUGGGAAUGAGCACUAUAUUAAUGCUAAUAAUGAUGGGCCGAAUGUUGCUACUCAUCAACCUAAGCUUGCUGCAAUUCCUAUGGCAAGAAAUCAGCCGGAGAUGAGAUUUGGGGCUCCUCCACCUCAAAAUAAUAAUAUGCCAGGGCCAGCCUCACAUAACAUCUAUGGACAUGCUACUGGUGGUCCACCAUAUGCGAAUAACACCAUGAUAAUGCAAAAUCCUGCAGCAAUGACUUCUCGAGACGCUAUGAAUAUGUCCUCUGUUGAUAUUUACCGUCAGAAGCAUGACGUAACAGCAACGGGUGAUAAUGUUCCAGCUCCAUUCAUGUCAUUUGAGUCCACAGGCUUUCCCCCAGAGAUAUUGAGAGAGAUACACGCUGCUGGWUUCGCUUCUCCCACACCUAUUCAGGCUCAAACAUGGCCUAUUGCCUUGCAAAAUAGGGAUAUAGUGGCAAUUGCGAAGACAGGUUCCGGUAAAACAUUGGGGUAUCUGAUCCCUGCUUUCAUGCAUCUCAGAUUUUGCCGCAACAAUCCUCAGAAUGGACCAACAGUUGUUGUUUUAGCUCCCACCCGGGAGCUUGCUACUCAGAUACAAGACGAGGCCAUAAAGUUUGGCCGGUCUUCUAGGGUCUCUUGCACAUGUUUGUAUGGUGGAGCUCCCAAGGGUCCUCAAUUGAAGGAAUUGGAAAGAGGAGCAGAUAUUGUUGUAGCUACUCCUGGUCGACUUAAUGACAUCCUUGAAAUGAAAAGAGUUGAUUUCCGUCAGGUUUCUCUUCUUGUCCUUGAUGAGGCAGACAGGAUGCUUGAUAUGGGUUUUGAACCUCAAAUAAGGAAGAUCGUCAAUGAAAUACCUCCGCGCAGGCAAACUCUGAUGUAUACAGCCACUUGGCCGAAGGAAGUGAGAAAAAUAGCUGGAGACCUUCUUGUCAAUCCUGUUCAGGUUAAUAUUGGYAAUGCGGAUGAGCUUGCUGCAAACAAGUCUAUUACCCAGUAUGUUGAAGUUGUUCCUCACAUGGAGAAGCAGAGACGUGUGGAGCAGAUUCUUCGAUCCCAAGAACGGGGUUCCAAAAUAAUAAUUUUCUGUUCAACAAAAAAACUAUGUGACCAGCUUACACGUAAUAUUGGUCGCAACUUUGGUGCUGCAGCAAUUCAUGGAGACAAAUCUCAGGGUGAGAGAGACUGGGUUCUGAAUCAGUUUCGUUCUGGCAAUUCGCCGAUAUUAGUUGCCACAGAUGUUGCCGCACGGGGACUUGACAUUAAGGAUGUAAGGGUAGUGAUCAAUUAUGAUUUUCCAAAUGGUGUUGAGGACUAUGUGCAUCGAAUCGGGCGAACUGGGAGGGCAGGGGCAAAAGGUAUGGCCUACACCUUUUUUUCAGAACAAGACUGGAAAUAUGCAGCUGAUCUAAUCAAGGUUCUGGAGGGGGCCGAUCAGCCUGUACCUGCUGAGGUGCGAGAGAUUGCGGUACGUGGCGGGCCUGGGUUUGGAAAGGAAAGGGGUGGAAUGAGCCGUUUUGAUUCUGGUGGUCGUGGUGGCAUGAGGGAUGGUGGUUUUGGUGGGCGUGGUGGGGAUGGCAGGUUUGGUGGUCGUGGUGGUGACAUGAGGGAUGGCAGAUUUGGUGGUCGUGGUGGUGAGUUGAGGGAAGGAGGUUUUGGUGGUCGGGGUGGUGGUGGGUUUGGAGGGAGAAGCGGUCAAAGGGAUGAGGGUUUUGGAAGUCGUGGUGGGAUGAGGGAUGGCAACUAUGGUGGUCGUGGUGGUGGUUGGGAACGUGGCCYUAAUGAUAGAUUCAUGGAUUCCCGUGGCAGAGGCAGGGGGCGAGGGAGAUUUGAUAACAGGAGAGAUGGGGACCGUGGUAGGGGAAGAAGUUAUAGCCGUAGUCCUGAUAGGGUUCGAACGUGGGGCCGUAGCCGAAGCAGGAGUAGGAGUUACAGCAGGAGCCGUAGUUGGUCAAGAAGCCGAAGCCGAAGCCGAAGCCGAAGCCGAAGCCGUAGCCGCAGCUACAGUCGUAGCCCUGUAAGGCGUGAGAGACGGCGUGAAUCAAAAUUUGAUCAGAUAGAAGUGGAGUUGCCGAAAGUUGCAGAAGCAGAGAUUGUGGGUGAGAUAGGUGGUUCGAUUCCUGUCCCAGAUGCCAUUGAUGGAGCCUAAAGAGGAUGAUCGUUUGUGUUUAGUUUUAUGUUUUGGUUGGGCGUAGCAGGAGAAGGAAUGAGGGUUUUGCAAAUUGAAGUGGUUACUACUUACGACUGCUAUUCAUUUUAAUCAAUCUAACAAACCUUGAACUUGUGUUUGUUUACAAAAUCGUAAUUAUUUAACCGAUGAUUGAAA